AUAGUUUAUAAAUGAAUUUCAAAAAAUUUCUAACGAGAGACGAAAAUCAAAACACGCUAACAACAAGCAGUAUAAUUAACCUUGCUAUGGCCAACUCAUGUAUGCAGUAAGGUUGUCUAUGAUUCAUUUACAUUCCAGGCUUCAUCAUGCAUUGCUCCGACAAUGACGACCCUCGCGCGACGCACGCACGGGCCAUAACAUCCACCACCGCUGACACCGCCACCUUCAACAACCUCAUAACACGCUACUCCAAAUCCAACCACCCUUCCUACGCCGUCGCCGUCUUCCACCAAAUCCCUCGUCCCAACGUCGCCUCAUGGACCUCACUCAUCUCCGCACACUCCAACACCCUCCUCUCCCUCCGCUACUUCAUCUCCAUGCUCCGUCACCCCGCAUUCCCCAACCACCGCACCCUCGCUUCCCUCUUCAGAACCUGCACCUUCCUCUCUUCCCUCUCAUUCGGCCUCUCCCUUCACUCGCUAUCCCUCAAACUCGCCCUCUCCCACGACCCUUUCCCCGCUUCUGCUCUCGUUGCCUUCUACUCCAAGUUCCGCCUCCCCCACCACGCGCGCAGGGUGUUCGAUGAAAUUUCCCACAGAGACAACGUUUGUUAUUCGGCCAUUAUCGUCGCUCUUGCUCAGAACUCGCAGCAUCUUGACGCCCUUUUAGUGUUUGCUGACAUGAGGGAUGGCGGUUUCACGUCGACUGUUCACAGCGUUUCCGGGGGACUCCGUGCGGCUGCUCAGCUUGCCGCGUUGGAGCAGUGCAGGAUGAUCCAUGCGCACGCGGUUGUUGCUGGGCUUGACUCGAAUGCGGUGGUGGGUACUGCUCUCGUUGACGGGUAUGGUAAAGCGGGCCUUGUUAACGACGCAAGGCGGGUUUUUGAGGAUGAUUUGAUGUGUAUGAAUUUGGUGGGUUGGAAUGCAAUGAUGUCUGGUUAUGCUCAACAAGGGGAUCAUCAGUCUACUCUUGAACUGUUUGAUUCGAUGGGGAGUCGUGGACUUGUGCCUGAUGAGUAUAGUUUUUUGGCGAUUCUAACUUCACUUUGUAAUGCUGGGAUGUUUCUGCAAGUUGAUCAGUGGUUGAGUACGAUGAAAGUUGAUCAUGGUUUGGAACCGACUCUAGAGCAUUAUACAUGUUUGGUGGGUGCAGUGGCCCGGGCUGGACAAUUGGAGCGUGCGGAGAGGAUAGCAUUGACAAUGCCGUUUGAGCCUGAUGCAGCUGUUUGGCGAGCUUUGCUUUCUGCGUGUGCUUAUCAUGGUGCAGCCGACAAGGCAUGGUCCGUUGCUAGGAGGGUGUUGGAACUAGAACCCCAUGAUGAUUCUGCUUAUGCUAUUGUUGCUAACGUGUUGUCGGCUGCAGGAAGGUGGGAUGAAGUUGCGGAGUUGAGGAAGGCGAUGAAAGAUGGGAAGGUGAAGAAAAAAGGAGGCAGGAGUUGGAUUGAGGUGCAGGGAAAAGUUCAUGUCUUUGUGGCAGGGGAUUGGAAGCAUGAGAGGUCGGUGGAAAUUUAUGAGAAGUUGGCAGAGCUUAUGGGGGAUAUUGAGAAAUUAGGAUAUGUUCCUGUUUGGGAUGAGAUUUUGCAUAAUGUUGGGGAAGAAAAGAGAAAGGAUGCUCUUUGGCAUCACAGUGAGAAGUUGGCUGUUGCAUUUGGUGUGCUGUGUGAAUCAUUGCCAUCAAGGAAGCCAUUGAGGAUUGUAAAGAAUUUGAGGAUUUGUAAAGAUUGUCAUGAGGCUUUUAAGUAUAUGACAAGAGUUUUAGAAAGGGAAAUUAUUGUGAGGGAUGUCAAUAGAUACCACAGAUUUUUGAAUGGUAGUUGUACUUGUAAAGACAUAUGGUAACAUAUACUAAUGACAGGAAAUACGUUCUGAGGCUUGUUUCUCAUGACAAAUCAUAAAGAACCCUGGACUUGUGUGCUUAUUUAUACUUGUGCAAGAAUUUUCAUCUUGCUGUGAUACAGCUUAGUUAAAACUCAAGACUUAUGCAUGACAGUGAAGCUAAUUUUGUAUGGUGUUUCAAGUA